GCCCGAGCAAGAGGGAUCAGAGUUUGUGCUAGAAGAGAAGGGAUUAAGGCAGCCAACCCACCCAGCUGCUAGCACCGUAGCAUUAGCCGCUCGCCCACUUCAGCGUGUUUGACAGCACGCCUCCGUCCUCGAGUCCUCCCGCGGCCACUCCGCCAGCCAGCCCGUCCUUCCACGCCGUUUCCUUGAGUGCGCAUAUGAAGCCAAUUGAACCCGAGUAGCAGCAGACCUUCCCGUAUCCCCCCCUCUUCCACCCUCAUCUUCCUCUUCCAAGCGUGACCGUGCGUGCCUUGAGCUACGUGGGCAAAACCCAAACAAACUAGCCAACGCGCCCGUCAAGUACUCGACUGUUUACAAUCGGUGUCCUGUUACCUGUCAUCGGACGCACAACGAUGUUGCUCCACGGCGCAGUGCGAGGCGGCCUCAGCCUGCUGGCCCUGAGGAGGGCGUGUCUCCUGUGCCGCUCCGCCCACUCGACCCCGCCGACCCAGUAUCGGCCAAUCAAAAAAGUGAUGGUGGCUAAUAGAGGUGAGAUCGCCAUCCGUGUGUUCAGAGCCUGCACUGAGCUCGGGAUUCGAACGGUGGCCGUCUACUCUGAGCAGGACACUGGACAGAUGCACAGGCAAAAAGCAGAUGAGGCCUACCUCAUUGGAAAAGGGCUGCCGCCUGUCGCCGCCUACUUGGACAUCCCCGACAUAAUCAAAGUAGCCAAGGACAACGACGUGGAUGCCAUCCACCCGGGCUACGGGUUCCUGUCAGAGCGCUCGGACUUUGCUCAGGCCUGCGCCGACGCGGAUGUGAUGUUUGUCGGGCCGACUCCGGAAACGGUCCGCAAGAUGGGAGACAAAGUGGAGGCCCGCACUCUCGCAAUCAGCGCCGGUGUACCCGUAGUCCCGGGAACAGACUCCCCCAUCAGCAGUCUGCAGGAGGCCCACGCCUUCGCCCAGAGCUACGGCUUCCCCAUCAUCUUCAAAGCGGCCUACGGAGGCGGCGGCCGAGGCAUGCGGGUGGUCCGAGAGUACGAGGAACUGGAGGAGAAUUACCAGCGGGCCUACUCGGAAGCGCUGACUGCUUUCGGCAAUGGCGCUCUGUUUGUGGAGAAGUUUAUUGAAAAACCAAGACAUAUUGAAGUGCAGAUCCUCGGAGAUAAAUACGGUAAUGUCAUCCACCUCUACGAGAGAGACUGCUCCAUUCAGCGGCGCCACCAAAAGGUCGUGGAGAUCGCACCGGGUUUCCAACUGGACCCUCAGCUGAGAAACCGGCUUCAUUCGGAUGCUGUCAACCUUGCCAAAUUGGUGGGCUACGAGAACGCGGGGACGGUGGAGUUCUUGGUGGACAAACACGGCAAACACUACUUCAUUGAAGUCAACUCGCGGCUUCAGGUGGAGCACACGGUGACAGAGGAAAUCACGGACGUGGACCUGGUGCACGCCCAGCUGCAUGUGUGCUCCGGCCGCAGCUUGCCAGAACUGGGCCUCAGACAGGACAAGAUCCGGGUCAACGGCUGCGCCAUCCAGUGCAGGGUGACCACCGAGGACCCGGCCAGGGGCUUCCAGCCUGACACCGGCAGGAUCGAGGUGUUCCGAAGCGGCGAAGGCAUGGGCAUCCGACUGGACAGCGCCUCGGCCUUUCAGGGCGCCGUCAUCUCGCCGCACUACGAUUCUCUACUGGUCAAAGUCAUCGCCAGCGGCAAGGACCUGCCCACCGCCGCCUCCAAGAUGAGCCGAGCCCUGGCCGAGUUCAGAGUGAGGGGCGUCAAGACCAACAUCCCAUUCCUCCAGAAUGUGUUCGCCAACCACCAGUUCCUCCACUCCACCGUGGACACGCAAUUCAUCGACGAGAACCAGGAACUGUUCAAUCUCAAGCCCACGCAGAACCGAGCGCAGAAGCUGCUGCAUUAUCUCGGUCACGUGAUGGUGAACGGACCGACCACGCCCAUCCCGGUGAAGGCCAAACCGUCCUCCGUUGACCCGGUGGUUCCACCCGUCACCAUGGGAGAUCCUCCGGUAGGAUUCCGCGAUGUCCUGCUGCGCGACGGUCCGGAGGGCUUCGCCAAGGCCGUGCGUGCCCACCAGGGCCUAUUGCUGAUGGACACCACAUUCAGAGAUGCCCACCAGUCCCUGCUGGCCACCAGGGUGCGCACCCACGACUUGAAGAAAAUCUCGCCGUUUGUCAGUCACAACUUGCACAACCUUUUCAGCCUGGAAAACUGGGGAGGUGCCACCUUCGACGUGGCCAUGCGCUUCCUGUCCGAGUGCCCGUGGAAGAGACUCCAGGAGUUGAGGGCUUUGAUCCCAAAUGUUCCCUUCCAGAUGUUGCUGAGGGGAGCUAACGCCGUGGGCUACACCAACUACCCCGACAACGCCGUCUUCAAGUUCUGCGAGGUGGCAAAAGAGAACGGCAUGGACGUCUUUCGCGUUUUCGAUUCGCUCAACUACCUCCCCAACAUGUUGCUGGGCAUGGAGGCCGCCGGUUCGGCGGGGGGCGUCGUGGAGGCCGCCAUCUCGUACACGGGGGACGUGUCGGACCCCAUGAGGCAGAAAUACUCCCUCGGCUACUACCUGGAGCUGGCGGAGGAGCUCGUCAAAGCCGGAACGCACAUCCUUUGCAUCAAGGAUAUGGCCGGUCUGCUCAAGCCCCAAUCCAGCAAGCUGCUCAUCGGCGCUCUGAGGGACCGCUUCCCGCACGUGCCCAUCCACGUGCACACGCACGACACGGCCGGCGCCGGCGUGGCCGCCAUGUUGGCGUGCGCGGAGGCCGGAGCGGACAUUGUGGAUGUGGCGGUUGACUCCAUGGCCGGCAUGACGUCCCAACCCAGCAUGGGAGCAAUGGUGGCCUGCGCCAAAGGCACCGAGUUGGACACCGGUAUCGCUCUGGAGAAGGUGUUUGACUACAGCGAGUACUGGGAAGUGGCUCGAGGCCUCUACGCGCCGUUCGACUGCACGGCCACCAUGAAGUCCGGCAACGCCGACGUCUACGAGAACGAGAUACCCGGAGGGCAGUACACCAACCUCCACUUCCAGGCGCACAGUAUGGGCCUGGGGAAUAAGUUCAAGGAGGUGAAGAAGGCCUACACCGAAGCCAACAAGCUACUCGGAGACCUCAUUAAGGUGACGCCGUCUUCCAAGAUCGUGGGGGACCUGGCCCAGUUCAUGGUCCAGAACAACCUGAGCCGCGCCGAGGUGGAGGAGAGGGCCGACGAGUUGUCCUUCCCGCUGUCUGUGGUUGAGUUCCUGCAGGGCUACGUUGGGAUACCUCACGGAGGAUUCCCGGAGCCCUUCAGAACCAAGGUACUCAAGUCCCUCCCUCGCGUGGAGGGCCGCCCCGGCGCCUCCCUGCCGCCGAUGGACUUUAAGUCGCUGGAGGACGGGCUACGAGCGUCGUACGGCGAAGACAUCACUCCUGAAGAUGUCAUGUCGGCGGCCAUGUACCCCAAGGUGUUCCAGGAAUUCAAGGACUUCACCGCUAACUUUGGCCCAGUGGACUGUCUGAGCACCAGGCUCUUCCUGGAUGGACCAAAGAUCGCCGAGGAGUUUGAGGUGGAGCUGGAGAGGGGCAAGAUCCUACACAUUAAGGCGCUAGCCUUGGGAGACCUGAACAAGGCCGGCCAGAGGGAAGUCUUCUUCGAGCUCAACGGGCAGCUCAGAUCCGUGCUGGUGAAAGACACGGUGGCCAUGAAGGAGAUGAAGUUCCAUCCCAAGGCCCAGAAGUCCAUCAAGGGUCAGGUGGGCGCGCCCAUGCCCGGAAAAGUGCUGGAGGUCAAAGUGAAAGUGGGCGACAAGGUGGAAAAGGGUCAGCCCCUGUGCGUCCUCUCCGCCAUGAAAAUGGAAACCGUGGUCAACUCGCCGCUGUCGGGCACCGUCAAGGCAGUGCAUGCCGUGACCGACUCCUCCCUGGAGGGCGACGACCUGAUCCUGGAGAUCGAGGAGUAGAGUGAGAGGGCGGAGAGUCGGUGGGUGGGCAGGGCCUUCUGUAUAGUUUGCUGCAAGUGAGGUGCAUGGGGGGUGGGGAGGGGCUUUAUUUUUUAUUUUAUUUUUUAUUUUUUGGGGGGGGGCGUCUACACAUAGCAAGGAGGUAGAAUAGACACGCACAAUAACAUAUGCCAAUGUGAAAUAGUGAUUAUUUAGUCUUUGUCCAGGACGUGGACUAGUUUCUCUUGAGCUACAUUCCAUCGCUGGCCUGAACCGUAGGACGAGCAGAGCCGUCAUUUGGAUACUUUUCAAACCUUGAUGUGGUAUUACUCUGCGUAGAUAGCUUGACGAUCCUCUUCACUGUUCCUCAUUCUGUACAUAUUUCGUUCCCAUGGUCAGCACGGCCUGGUUUCCCCCGCAAACGGCGCCGCGGCUGCUGCAUUGAGGAAAGCUGCUAGUCACCGUAAUCAUUAAUCAUUAAUUGUCAUUAAUGUAAUAAUUUUUUUUUUAAAAUCUUCUGAAGGAGAGAGGAGGCAUUACAUCUGCUUCAAAAAUAUUUCCGGGUCUGAGGAUGAAUUGCUCGGCUGACAGACAGCGAGUCCGAGUUAAAAAAUAAUAAUAAAAAUAAAAAAGGAGCCGUGUCGCAUGUGAUAGUCAUGAUAUUGUUGGCAGUCGAAAUCAAAACAUGAACGCUUCUCUGGUGCUUGUUGACAUCAUUCCCCCACGAAAAAAAAAAAAAAAAAGAAGUGCGGGGUGCGCUGGAGUUGUUUUGUGUGCCUUGCUUCCGAUUUUCUUCGGCUUCUUCAAAGUGAAGUGCAGUCACGUCUUUAGCGAGCCGCGUCUCCUUCCCUUUGGCACUGAACGAAUAUAUUCGGUAACAGCUGAGCCGCACGCAGUGUGGCCGCCGCACGGGACAUUUGGCGCUCCGUCGACCGUUUCUCAUUCCUUUUUAUGGCUUGAUUUACGUUCAAAGAUCACAACGGAAUUUUUGUCAACUUUAUGAGACACCGGCGUCGCAAAUCGUAAUCAUUUUAGUCGAGGGUUGUCAGAGAGGCAGCUGUCAAAGUGGCGCGUCGAAUAAUUUCAUAAUAAUGGUCGUCCCAGCGUUAAACGAACGUAAAACACGCGCAACGCUAACUUACGGUAGCGUUGCGACGACGUGCUCCGAUAAUACGCCUCGAGUAGGCGUCGCUUCGUGUCAUCGGCUCUUCUCGUUCCCUUUCCGUCAAUCUUGGAAAGUUCCCAGAACGAGUGUUGAAGGCGCCAGGCUGGUGAUUUUUAAUGAUUAUGCUUUCGUGUCAGGUGCAUUCUGGGAAUGUGUGAGCCAGUCGGGAAGUCAAGACAAAUGUUUGCGGGGGCGCAGGGGGGUUGGGGGGCGGUGACGAUAUUACGCAUUACGGCGGAAGUUGUGUUACUGUAUCAGAAAUACCAGCGAGCGGUCAUCACGUCGGAGUAAAGGCUUCGCGAGGCGCGAACGAGACGAUGCGUUGAGGUGAGACAGUCCCAGCUGUGUCCUCCCCCACCCCCCACCCCCCGCUCCCAUGAGGCUCCACUGAUUAAUUUCUUCAUUAAUACUCUGUCAAGUGAUGUGAAAUUAGCCGGACUAAUAAGAGAGCCCCGGCAGCAGUGGCGCGGCUCCGAUUCUUCGUGUGCCCUGGCAUACAUUAGCCUAAUUGUGUGUGUGCAAGCAAAUUUCCAAGCGGCUCCCGCCAUGCUGCAACGUUUAAUUAAAAAACAAAAAAAACGGCUCCUAAAUGAGACAUCUUGACAAACACGGAAACGUUCUUUUGUCGCGCCCAGACGUCCAAACACAAGCACUUGAACGCUUGGCACGUCUGUCGACCCGAAACCAUUAAGCUGUGUGGAGGUGAUCACUUUGCGCCAGUGGUAAAUUCAAACACCCGUGGCCCCGCCCUCUUUCCUCCCCGUCAGUACCGCCCAUAAUCUCCCCUCGUUGUCGUCCUGGCGUCCGAUCGGCUGUCGCCGCCGCCGUGUCCACUCGAACUCUGGCUCAUCUUCGCCAGCCUCCGCGCGCCAGCUCAUCAAAAGAAAUUGUAUGCUUCUAGGGUUACGCCAUCUACUGGUCAGUGACUGUCAUAUGUGCUGUGUUUUUUUUUUUUUUUUAAUCUCUAUAUAGAAAUGUAUAUCUACAAGCAACCAAAAUGUUUGUUUACGCUUUCAUAUGCAAAAUGUCUCGCAAAAAAAUCUUAAGUUUACAUUUGGCUGCCCUCGUUUAGCCUGUACUGGAUAAGAAGCACAACUGAAAAAAAAAAAACUAAAACACUACUAAAAAAAAAAAAGGGGGGGGGUGAUUCAAGAGCUCUAAUUGUAGUUGAUGUCUCCACUUACAAAUAAAAGUUGAAAUAACGAA